AUGGAUGAGGAUGAUAUAUUACAAGGUGACUCUAGACAUCAAAUCAGAAAAAACAGAGCCUCAACACCCUCUCAAAAAUUGGUACCAAUAGUCUCAACACCACCCACCACCAAUACAAAAGGUGACAAUGGAGGUAGCACUGGUAGUUCAAUAAAGAAGAGAAAUUCUGUUGGUGCUAUUAAGAGUAAUGGAGGUGGAACUACAACUAGUAGUAAUAAUAAUAAUACAGUUACACCAACACCAGUUAAGAGAAAAUCAAUUAAAACUGAUAAACAAAAUGAUGCAACAACUACAACUACAACUACAACUACAUCUAAAACAUCAACAGCAGCAGCAACAAGUGGCAACAACAACAACAACAACAACAACAAUAAUAAUAAUACAAAGCUUGAAAAAGAUAAUGACAUACCGACUAGAAGAAGAACAAAAUCAUUGGGUGGUGCAAUAGUACCAAAAGUUAAAGAAGAGAGUAACCCUGAAAGUAAAUCAAGUAAAGCAGUUCCAAGUAUAUUACCUACAUAUCCAUCUAUCUCUGCUUCAAUCGCUGCUUCCAAUCCAACAACUAAAACAUCAGCAACAUCAACAACAUCCACAGCAGCACCAAUAACAACAGCAGUAGCAGCACCACCAAAUCCAUCACAGAAAAGAAAAUCAACUGAUAAAGAUGUUAAUAUAUUCCAAGCAGAUAGAUAUACAAAGAACAAAGAGCAAGAGAUAUUAGUAAAGAAAGAAAAGGAGAAGGAGAAGGAGGAAGUUCCAAAGAAAAAGAAGAGAUAUUCAACUGCCGGUGUGAUGACUCAGUUUGAGAAGGAGAGAAAAGCAGAGUUGGAGCUGGAGGAGGCAAAGGAGAGAGAAAGAUUGGCAGAGUUGGAGAGACAGAGGAAGGCUAGAGAGAUAGAGGAAGAGUUGGCUAGACAGAGAGAGCAGAAGGAGAGAGAACUCGAAGCUGGUCGUCAAGCACGUCUCGCCAAGUUAAAGAUGCCAAAACCAAAUACAACAACAACAACCACCACAUCCACUACAAUUGGUAGUGGCAGUGGAAUUAGUGUACCAAAGUUACAACAUGUCUAUCCAAAAACACCUGGACCACCAGCAGUACCAACAAACGUUGGAUUCCAAUACAACGACUAUCCAACCGCCAAACAACCACCACUGUUCACCAAUCCUUCAACAACCAACCACAUUCAAUUCGAUACAGAAGAUAUUGUAUUUGAUGAAGAUGAUUCUGCACAACAACAACAACAGGAGAUAGAUGAAUUCGAAUUUGAUAUGAGUGAUAGCAGUAUUAGCAGUGUUGAUUAUAGUGAUAGUGAUGCUGGUGAUGUGGAGGAAGUUUUACCAACAAAACAAAACAAAUUACAACAACAACAAAAACAACAACAACUACAACAGCAACAGCAACAACUUAAACAAUUAUUAUUAAAGAAACAACAAGAACAACAACAACAGCAACAGCAGCAACAACAAAGCAAACCAAAGAUCGAGGAAGAACAAAGUUUUUCAAGUUAUUUCUUGGUUUUCAUUACAUUUAGUAUGUGGGCAUUGUUAUUAUUCAUUCUAGCUAGAUUUUAUUACCGAUUCAAUGAUAUCAAGUAUUGUGAUAGUGACGCACUUCCUACACGGCUACCGAAUGGCAAGUACAGUUGUGUGGUCUGUCCGGAUCGUGGAAUCUGUUUCAACGAUCAUUUCUACUCGUGUGCCGAAGGCUAUGUCAAGAGUGGACAGUCGUGUAUUGUCGAUCCUUCUCGUGUCGAUGCGAUCGUAAACGUUUUCAACAAUGUCGACUUGGUGCUGCGUGACUACAAGGGUCGCUACGAGUGUGGCGUCGCCAAGUCGUUUGAGAUGCCGGCAGCCCAGCUCGAAGAGGAGUUCAACUCUCGCUACUGGAUCAAGAACGAACUGGUGCGCACUGCCUACGCCAAGCUGAUAGAGUUGAUCACCGACCGCACCGUUGACACCACCGAUCUCGGAGUGGAUCGCUCGAUCGUGUCGAGCGUGCACUACACCUACGACGCCGCCACCAAGCAAUUCAGUUUCUACACUGCCAACGAAGCGAAUCGUCCUCUCUGGUGUCAGACUUACUUCACACUGAAACAAAUCCUACUUGCUUACCUGCCCGUGCUCAUCGGUGUGUUCACCGUCUAUGUGUUGUACCGCUACUUCCGUCAUCGUCAAAUCAAACGUCAAGAAGAGUCGAUCAUCGUCGACAACAUAGCCAACGAGAUCGUUCGUCUCUUAAAACUACAGAGUCAGAUGCAAGAUGAACCAUGGCUAUCAGAGAUCAUGUUGAAAGAAGAGAUCAUAGGUGAGGAUAGAUCAUCAAAUACAUUAAGACUAUGGGAUUUAGCAAAAGAAAAGGUAGUUUCAUCAAAUAAAAUAUUGAAUACACCUAGAUUUGUAUAUGGAGAGUCACAAGAUACUUUUGAAUACUCAAGUACCGGUGUCUUUAAGGAAUCAACAACACCAAAGAAAUCUUCAAGAAGCAACUCUACUUCAAAAGCAUCAACACAAGGUAAUGACGAUGAUGAUAAUACUAAUGAUAAAAGCAAUAUAGACAACGCUUGGCGUUAA